AUGUUUGUGUCUAACAAUUCCUGCUUGGCGCCUACUUCUUUCUGGCUCACUGGCAUCCCAGGGCUGGAGUCUCUGCACAUCUGGCUCUCCAUUCCCUUCAGCUCCAUGUACUUGGUGGCUGUGGUGGGGAAUGUCAUCAUCCUGGCUGUGGUAAAGAUGGAGCGCAGCCUGCAUCAGCCCAUGUACUUCUUCCUGUGCAUGUUGGCUGUCAUUGAUUUGGUCCUGUCAACUUCUACCAUGCCCAAACUGCUAGCCAUCUUCUGGUUUGGUGCCCACCACAUUGACUUAGAUGCCUGCUUGGCCCAAAUGUUCUUCAUCCACUGCUUUGCCACAGUUGAGUCAGGCAUCUUCCUUGCCAUGGCUUUUGAUCGCUAUGUGGCCAUCUGUGACCCACUACACCAUACUUCAGUGCUCACCCACACAGUGGUGAGUCGUUUGGGUCUGGCUGCCCUCCUCCGUGGAGUACUCUACAUUGGACCCCUACCCCUAAUGAUUCGCCUGAGGCUGUCCCUUUACCGGACCCAAAUCAUUGCCCACUCCUACUGUGAGCACAUGGCCGUGGUCACUGUUGCAUGUGGUGACACAACGGUCAACGACUUUUAUGGAAUGGGAAUCGGGUUCCUAGUAUUGAUCGUGGAUUCAUUAGCCAUUACUGCCUCGUAUGUGAUGAUUUUCAGAGCUGUAAUGGGACUGGCCACCCCUGAGGCUAAGCUUAAAACCCUAGGGACAUGCAGUUCUCACAUUUGUGCCAUCCUUGUCUUCUACAUCCCCAUUGCUAUUUCCUCUCUCACUCACCGCUUUGGACAUCAUGUGCCUCCCCAUAUCCAUAUCCUUUUGGCCAACUUUUACCUCCUAAUCCCACCCAUCCUCAAUCCAGUUGUCUAUGCUGUCCGUACCAGACAGAUUCGAGAGAAACUUCUCUACAUUCUCAAAGCAGGGGCUCAUCCCAAAUGA